AUGGCCUUCCACAAGACCGUCAAGAACAGCGCGUACUUCAGCCGCUACCAGACCAAGUACCGCCGUCGCCGUGAGGGUAAGACCGACUACUACGCCCGUAAGCGCCUCAUCACCCAGGCCAAGAACAAGUACAAUUCGCCCAAGUACCGUCUGGUUGUUCGCUUCACCAACCGCGACGUCAUCACUCAGAUCGUCCACUCUGAGAUCUCGGGUGACAAGGUCUUCGCCUCCGCUUACUCUCACGAGCUCAAGCGCUAUGGUAUCACCCAGGGUCUGACCAACUGGGCUGCCGCCUACGCCACCGGUCUCCUCCUUGCCCGCCGUACCCUCAAGAAGCUCGGCCUUGACGAGCAGUUCACUGGUGUCGAGGAGGCUGACGGUGAAUACAAGCUCACUGAGGCCAUCGAGACCGACGAGGGCACCCGCCGUCCCUUCAAGGCCUUCCUUGAUGUUGGUCUUGUCCGCACCUCCACCGGUGCCCGUGUCUUCGGUGCCAUGAAGGGUGCCUCCGAUGGUGGUAUCUUCAUCCCCCACUCCGAGAACCGCUUCCCCGGUUACGAUAUUGAGUCCGAGGAGCUCGACGCCGAGACUCUCCGCCGCUACAUCCUCGGUGGCCACGUUGCUGAGUACAUGGAGACCCUCGCUGAUGAUGAUGAGGAGCGCUACCGCUCUCAGUUCAUCAAGUACAUCGAGGACGAGAUCGAUGCUGGUGACCUUGAGGACGCCUACCUCGAGGCCCACAAGGCCAUUCGUGAGGACCCCUUCAAGAAGGACGAGGAGGCCGGCCCCAAGAAGACCAAGGAGGAGUGGAAGGCCGAGAGCAAGAAGUACCGCCCUGGCAAGCUUCCCCGUGAGGAGAAGAAGGCUCGUGUUGAGGCCAAGAUCCGUGAGCUUGCUGCUUAA